AUGAAUGUCGUUUCCGACUCCGCGUUUCCAUGCUCUGCAUCCGUCGCCGGCCGCAUCCUGACACCGCUAAAGGAUGGGGAUCUCGAUCGCAUUCUCCCCUCACUCAGGAGUCCGGUGCGGCUGCUGCACAAUGCCAUCACCUCGGCGCGUCAAGCCGCUGAAUGGAGCAUUCAGAAGAUGUACCAUCGACUCAACCUCCCGCUACCAUACGACCCCAAGCUGCGUGGUCUAAGACUCACGAACCUCUUCCGACUUGUGAACUAUCGAGUGCGAACCGUGGGCAUUUCGCAGAUCCGCACCACUUUUUCUGGUGCGAUGGAGGUGCCGCAAGAGCUGCAAUAA